GGUUCAGAAGAUUCGUAAAAUGCAGAUCACUUUAAGGCCCAGAACACUUGGACUGUUGAUGCUUCUGUCUGUCCUCUGCUGCAGCCUAGCGGACUUUGCGGAGCUGCUCCGUUCUAAGAGAGGGACUCGCUUUUACAGAGCACAUUGUGUGGAUACUGAGACAUCAGCGGUGCGUAGUUUUGGGGACACUUGGCUGCGAUGGAGGGGACAGCGUGUGGAAUUUUGCCGUUGUGCAGUAAGAGGACGAGAGCAGUGUCAUUUUGUGCCUGUCAUCAACUGCUAUAGGUCUCGCUGUUAUAAUGGAGGGACCUGUAAGGAGGCUGUGUACUCUUCAGACUUCAUCUGCCAGUGUCCUCCAGGAUUCAGUGGCUCUCAGUGUGAGAUCAACACCAAUGAGAAGUGUGUUGUGGGGCAGGGUGGAGGGUACCGAGGCACAUGGAGCUUCAGCCAAACAGGAGCCGAGUGCAUCAACUGGAACGCAACAUCUCUGAGGGGAUGGAGGUUUACAGCCAAAAAACCAGAUGCCAGCAGUCUUGGACUGGGCAACCACAACUUCUGCCGAAACCCUGACAACGACAACACCCCCUGGUGUUACAUCUAUAGAGGCACCCAGGUUGUCUGGGAGUUCUGCUCCUUGCCCAAGUGUAAAGAAGAUAAGUACAGAGAGUGUGUCCUGGGCUCUGGUAAGUCAUACAGAGGUACCACAGCUGUUACUAAGAGUGGCUCUCAUUGCAUUCCGUGGGACUCCGCUGCUGUAAUGCACAAACUCAACAAUGCCUGGAGAUCUGAUGCUGUGGAACUCGGGUUGGGCAACCACAACUUCUGCAGGAAUCCAGAUGGUGAUGUGGGUCCUUGGUGCCACAUCACUAAGAACAUGCAUCUGACGUGGGAGCUGUGUGACAUAAAUAAAUGCUUGAGGCGUCCAGCUAUUAUCACCACUCUGGUCCCUCGUGGUCCAACCACUAACAACCAUAACAAACCAACAUGUGGACAGCGUACAGACAACUCCCUAAAUCGACCAGCUUUCCGAAUCUUCGGAGGCAGUGAGAGCGACAUCUCAGAGCAGCCUUGGCAGGCUGCCAUUAAUGUUUACCACAGACGCCAGCGACUGCACUUUCACCGAUGUGGGGGAGUCUUGAUUGACUCCUGCUGGGUCCUGUCAGCUGCGCAUUGCUUCGAGGAGAGAGAUAAAGCGGAGGAGCUGCAGGUGAUUCUCGGCAGGACGUUUCGGAAGCAGAAUUCCUCCAGCGAGCAGAUUUUCGACGUUGAGAAGUACUGGAUCCAUGAGAAGUUUGACAACGACACAUUUGAUAAUGACAUAGCUCUGCUGAAGCUGCAGACGGACAUUGGUAUCUGUGCCAUAAACUCUCCAGAGGUUCAGCUGUGUGUCUGCCUUCGUGGACUGGUGCUGCCUGACUGGACCGAGUGUGAGAUCUCAGGCUACGGAAGAAACACUGAAUUUGCUGCAGAGUAUUCUGAGCGUGUAAAGAGAGGACAUGUUCGCCUAUGGCCGAAGGAACGCUGUGUCCCCGAUGUGCUAUCUGGACGUCCAGUUACUGACAACAUGCUGUGUGCAGCUGACACCCGAGGUCUGGAUGACGCUUGCAAAGGAGACUCCGGUGGCCCACUCGUCUGUCAGAAUAACAACAGGAUGACUCUGAUGGGUGUGAUCAGCUGGGGUGACGGCUGCGGCCAGAAGGACAAGCCUGGUGUCUACACCCGUGUCACCAAAUACACUGACUGGAUCAGCCGCAUAAUGAAAUCAAACCAGGUGUAAAACAAGAGAGAAGACAGAGUGGGUGGACAGUUCAUCAGUGAGAAAACCUACAGGACUCUGGUUUUCUGUAGAGUCUGGUUUCAUGGUCAUCUGACUCCAAAGUGAUGGAAGGUUGAAGAUGCAGGAGAAGGACCUCAGUCAGCCUUUGAGUGCAGUAUGGAAAAGCAUUUCUCCUGCUCCGUGCUGUCUCCAAUCUGCUAUAGAUAUGGACAGAAACACAAAGUUGCAUUUAUAAGCACUUUUAACUCUUUUUGGGUUAUUUCGGCCUAAAUAAUGCACUUCAUUCUUUCUUCAAAUUUAACACUGUUUUUAAUCAUUCCUGAUGCUCGGCACGGUGAUCACCAAGUGAGCUGGAAUCUGAAUGAAUUAGCGAAGAGAAAAACAACAAAAAAAACAAAUGAGGCAACCGAUUGUUAAAAAAAUAUUUGGGUUUAGUAAACACAAAUAAUUUGACCAUCAAAAUUUAUUUUAUGUAAUAUUAACUCCAUUCAUUUGUGUUAAAUCAGCGUAAAUGGGUAUAAUAUUGUAAUGUCCUAAAUGUUUUAAUCACGUUGCGCUGUGGCAAACAGAAGCCACAGGUUUUGAUCAAAUGACCUCUGGUUUGUUCACAAUCUGAUGGACUAUGUGAGCCAAAGUUACUGGUGUUCCUGCUUUAGAUUAAGUGUCAUCAAGCUUGUUUUCCCUUUUAGGAAGAAAGCCUGAACAAAUCUGGACUUACAUAAAUAAUUUGGAUGCUGUAAAUGCUGGAAUCAAACCACAAAGGAAAGUGGCACUGGCUGAAUUUCUGUAAGAAAGCCACUGCUAUGACAGUGUGCUGUUCAGAAAUCAGACUUAGCUACCUUUUUGUAACACUCAAAUGAAUUAAAUUGAUUCCAGAUUAACUUAACAAAUAAUAUUUAUGCCAACUUGUUGAACUUCAUUUGGACAAGCUAAUUUGUUUGAGUGUUACUAGUCAAAGCAAUUUAAUGAGCAUUUCUUUUUUUGGUGUUGGUGGAUCAGUCCCCAGGUACUUCUGUGUGUCAUUGUGUCCUUUAAAGAGACAAAUUCUCAAACACGUUCAAGCCCCAACCUACUUCGGGUAUUGUGUAAAUACUGAUGAUAUUUUUGUUGUUGUUGGGUUUUUUUUAAGUUCUGUUAAACUUUUAGUCUGUAAGCUGAAACAACUGAAAAUAUUUUAGUAAAUUUAAUUAAUAUUUAAAUUUAGCUGCCAGUUACAAUUGGACAACCAGUUGCCUUAUAUGUAUUAUUAUUAGCAUCAUCAUCAUUAUUAUAAUAUUAUUAUUAUUGUUAUUAUUAUUAUUGUUAAAUUGAAGUGGGGAUUUUGAGGUUUGUGCAAGGAAUGUGUCACAGAUGUUUUUUUUUUGUUUUUUUUUGUACAUGUGCAAUAUGUUGAAAGACUUUUUUUUUUGCAAAAUGUCCUGCCUUUGUGUAUUUGGGUUUGGGAGACAGAACAGAGACUUCAGUCCAAACAACAAAAGUUAUCUGCUGGUUCAGAUUUUGCUGUUUCUUUGCAGUUUUGCUUCCAGUUUUUUGUUUUUUACUUUUUUCUGC